CAAUCCCUUCUUCUUUUCAAUUACUGCAUUACUAUUAUUAUUAUUAUUAUUCUUUUAAUUUUGUUUAUUUAAAGCCCUUUGCAUUUGGCUGCAAACAUUUCUCUUUCUCUCAUGUUCCUUCUUCAGCCUUUCGGUACUUUCUGUCUUUCUUGCUAACUAAAACCUCUAUUCCUUUCCAUUGCCCCACUUUCCUUCUGCUUUCCUUUUGAUUCUCUCCACAAAGGGAGAGGAAAAGGAAAAGGAAAAGAAAAGCCCAUCUUUAUUCUUUCUUCUUUAUUCCCUUAUUCGGUUAUUCCAUUAUUCUUAAUUUCCUGGCUCCGUGGCUAGCUAUAAUUAUAGUUGAACGUAGAUUUUGGGUAAUUCGGUAUUUGAUCCAAGGAUAUGGGGGUUUCAGGGAAGCCUCAAGUGGAUGGAGGGUUAGAAUCCGAAGGCAAAAAAUGGGUUAUUGCUGGGAUUUCUUUACGACCUACUUUGAAGCCUGUAUACACAAAACCAGUGGAGAAAGAGAAAGAUAAAGACAGUAGCGAUGGCCAAGGAGACGAUUCAUGUACGACGACUCCAACGGGAGAAGAUGCCAGAAUUCCAACCAUAUUCACGUGUCCACCUGCUCCAAGGAAGCCAAAACCUUCUUUAAAGUGUAACUAUGGAAGUGUUAGAGAGUUUUUUACUCCUCCGGACUUGGAGACUGUCUUUAUACGCCAUGUUGAAAGGGCUAAUUGACUGCUAAUUCAUCGACCCAAGCUUUUGCAUCCCUAGCUCUUGUCAUUUUUUUUUUAUUUUGUACUCUUACUUUUCCUUUUCUCUUUUCUUCUUGCUUAGGGUAUUUUUUUAGUGAUGAUCAGUAGAAGUUCAUGUACAGGGGAAAUCAUAAAUAAAUAACAUGGAAAUUUUUAGCUUC